CGCUGGCGCUCGUCUGCUUCUUGACAGAAUGGAAUGGAAGAAAAGGCAACCAUGGCACCUUUUUCUGCUGGUGUCUCUUGUGAAAAUUCCAUCUGCCUGGCAAAUGGCCAGCAUCCUUUUUAUUGGACCAGACAAGCUUCCUGGAACUUACCAUUGCUCAGGACAUGUACUUUCAAAUGGGUACAGAAGGAAUGAUCCGUGCCACACAUAUGUCAGAAAGAACGUAACUCUGCUUAGCAACAGUAAUUCUUCAGAAGGUGAAGAAACAACAUUUUGUGAAGACUUCAGAUUUACUGACACUUACUACAGCAUCGUUGAUCAGUGGCAACUUGUUUGUCAACGGAAAAUCCUGGUAUCAGUAUCUCAGUUGCUGUACUUGAUGGGAGUGUUGUUCGGAGGAGUGGCGUGCACAUUUUUACUGUGGAUAGUGCCGCCAGAUCUGGUUCUGAUCGGUGGCACGACUGUUCAGAUACUCGCCGGUGUGGCUGUCGCUUUUACACCAUAUUUUGUUCUGCACUGUUUAUUGCGCUUCUUGACGGCAGCCGCAUGCACCUGUAUGUUCACCUCUGGUUACAUGAUAUGUACAACAAUGAUGAAAGGUAAAGGGAAAAUUGUGGCUUCAUGUUGCUACGAACAUCUCUGGUCUGUUGGAGUAAUUAGUCUUCCGUGCAUAGCACACCUGUUCAACGACUGGCGUCACUUCCAGUUAGCUAUCUCGUUACCCAGUAUGGUCAUUCUCUUGUGCGCCAGGUUCGUGCCAAACUGCCCAGGAUGGGAACCUAGAAAGAAGAAAAAACAAAGAGCUAUUGAAGUAGGGCAAGAUGCUUCACUGCCCAGCGAAAAUCAAAUGAAGGUGGCAGUAAUAGCGCUGUCAGAAACGAGUGCGAAGGACGAUAAAAUGUCGCUGCCCCCUUUGCGCAAGAGCUUCCGACGUUGGCCGACGUACGCAGCGGUCCAUUGCAUCUGGAUUUUUACCUUAGUGAGCUAUUACGGUGGUUUGCUCAACGCCAAGAACUGGGGGUCCUCACUGCUGAUAAACACCAUCGGUGCAGGAGUAGCAGAAAUAGCAGGCACACUUCUUGGACUUUCGCUGCUUCUGUGGGCAUCCAAUCCGUGGCUCCCAAUGGGAAUAAUUAAUAUUACAGGAGGAUCGGUGUAUAUAUUAUCCUGGAUUUUGCCAGAUGACACGGGAGACCUGUACUACGUGCUAUUAAUGGUUGCAAUGUUUGGACGUGUGGCUAUAGCAACCUGCCUCACAGUUGUGACUUUUGCAACUGGAAGUGUUUUUGCUGAAAGCCACAAAGUGCUUGGGGUGUUCUGUUGCGUAACGCUCGGCCGGUGUGUUCUUCUGUUUGCUCCCUUCAUUGGAAAUCUGGCCGUUUUUGGGAAAGCAGUGCCUUUAACGGUUUUUGGAGCCUUCACUGUUCUGGGAGGACUCUUUGCCUUGAUAUUAACUGCAUGUUCAGGCGCCAGUGAUGAUGCUGGAACGGGAAGUGUGGAAGAUAAGUCACAAAGAGCUGAAAAUGGAAAGAAGAGAGAUAACAGAGGCGAAAAGGUGGAAGAAGGAAGUUAUGGUACAUAUAGGAGACGAAUGUCUACUUAAAGCCUUACGGUAUUGGAAAAGUUUUGCAGUGAGGUGUAUUACUGAGAAAAAGCAAUUCACGGUAGCAGCUUAACGGCCGAAGUACUGCUUAAGCGUCACGUGUAGACAGAUGAGACAAAGCCAACGAAUGCACUCGCAUUCUUCUAGUGGACAAAUGUUGUGGAAAGAAAAAUGAUUAUAGUUUAACAACCUGUUUACAAUGAGGUUGUUAGUGAUAAGAUAAAUGAAUCGAGUUAGUAAAUAGGAAACAUGCGACUGUGAUAUAUUUAUGAUCUUUCUCUCGUUAAGAGUUUACGGAACAGA